CCGGCCUGUUGUGCGCGUGCCUUGCCGCGGCUGGCGGCCGGCCGUUGCGGGGGCGGGGUGGGUGACGCGCGCGGAGCUGCCGCAGUUGCCGUUGGGUUUGUGCGCGUGGUGAUGUCGGGCCGCGCGCUGCGGCAGGAGGAAGAGGAGGAGGAGAAGGAGAAGAGGGGGGAGAGCGCGAAGCUGCGCCAGAAGGAGGAGCUGAGCCGGAGGAUUAAAGAGCAGAAGGUUGUAGUUGAUGAGCUUUCUAAUUUGAAGAAGAACCGUAAAGUUUACAGGCAGCAACCCAAUAGCAACAUAUUCUUCCUUGUAGACCGAACAGAAAUGCUAUCUCAAUGCAAAAAUACAUUAGAUGAAUUAAAGAAGGCACAUCAGGAGAUGGAAAAUUCAGACAAGAUUAAAAUGAAGAAAUAAUCUAUCUGAAUUCAAAGUCACAAUGUGUGGUAUUUGUUGCAUUGUUACCUUGUGUAGCCAGCAUGCUAU